AUGUCAUUAAGCAUAGGGCCCGAGAUUCCUGAACAUUUACUGAAAAAGUUUCAAACUGAUUCUGAUAAGCAAGAAACAUCAGAUAAUGAGAAAGAAGAAUCAACAAAAGAACAACUAUCCCUCAACCUCGAACCAGAAAAUGUAGAAACAGAAAACGUAAUCCGAGAUCAGGAUGACCCAGACUCGUACAUGCCAGCAUUACCUCCAGAUCUGCUUGAAGAAAGAGCAAAAAGAAAACGGAAUCUAAAAAGUGAAGAGAAAGAUUUAACUGUCUCGGUAGACGACGAUGAAUCUAUGAAUAAUAAAAAGUCCAGUAGACGUGUUAUUGUGUUGCCAAAAGGGUUCUCUGAUGAAAUUAAUGAUGAAAUUGAGAUGCAAGCGAAGAUUCGCGAAUUUGAACAGAGGGCUGAGAAAAUGCGACGGGAACUUCGGCCCAAUGACUCGGAUUCAGAAAAGAAAACAGAGCGUGGUGAAUGGAUGAUUGUUCCUCCUAAAGCUGGAUUUCUCGGAGAAUCACCCACAAAUAUGCGGUCAAGACAGUUUAGCAAAAAAGAAUAUGACCCAUCCAAAAUAGAUAAUUCGCUUUGGACUGAGACUCCAGCUGAAAGAAUAGAGCGAAUACAGAAAAGUUCUCGCCAAAAAAGAAAGCAUGUCAAAGUCGAUGACGAUGAACCAAUUAAAUAUUCUAAAGAGGAUUUGGAGAUAGCUGAAAGGAUCAACGAAUAUAAUGAAAUACAUCGCCCGAAAUCUUUACUAGAGCAACAUUCCGAGACCUAUGUGAAAUCAAAAAAAUGGGAGAAAGAUGACGUACGACAACGACCAUUUGAUCGUGACCGAGAUGUUUUGGGGGCACGACGAAUGGAUUCUCGUAAACGUCGAGAAAUUUUGGACCAAGCUAAAGGUUUGGGGUCAAAAUUUGGUCAUGGGAAAGGUGGGACUUUUCUAUGA